AUGCAUAAGAAAGUACACAACGGCAUUCUUCGACUUCUUGCUCUUUGCUUUAUAAGAUGUAUUAAUGGGCUCGUCGAGAUGCCGCUUGAAAUCGACUAUCAGAGCGGCCAGCAAACGCUGGAUGACACGAAUCUAUGCUCGUAUGACAGCCACAGCUCGCGGCAAUCCCUACAGACAUUAUGUGCUUGUAUCGGGGGCGGUAGUCGAGCGCUACUAUUGCUAUCCGACAAUCGGCUUCUUACAGCCGUUUUGUCAGCAUUCGCUCGUUCUCGCGCCAUCCCUGCGUUCAGCAUUUCUUCAAUCGGCUCGUCAUGGCCUAAACGACGACUGUUGAAUCGGCGGUGGGCAGUCUUUCUCGGCAAUUCUGCGCAAAAUUUACCGGGCGCCAUUUCCUCGAUGGCCCACCACGAACGGUGGCGCAGGAUCGUUGUCUUCUACUCUGACGUCGCAGAUCUGCAGGCAGUUCUCAGCUUUAGUUCCGAUGGCCACAUUUAUCCGUUUUACACGACAAUUUUCUAUCAAUUUGAUGAGCGCUCCCAUCGCAGCCCACCUCACCUAUUUGGCAGCACCAAAUUUGUCUUUUGGUUACCAAUCCACCGCCGUCUCAUCGCUCCAUCUUCGGUUCUCGCCUUUCUGGGCCCGUUGGCUGGCCCGGUAUGGCUGCUGCUUCUCUUGUCUUACUUGGCGACAGCGCUUACACUGUGGAUGUUGGCCAGAAUCUCGCCAAUUGAACGAUCGUCUCAACGGCGAUCCGUCAGUUUCGGUGAUGCUCUGUGGUUCCUAUACUGUUCUUUGAUGCAGCAGUCCUCGAUGGUCCCCCGCGGCAUGUCAACUCGUCUGCUGUCAUUGGUUUGGUGGUUAUUCGCCUUGAUGCUAGUUUCAUCCUAUACCGCCAAUCUGGCCGCAACUGCGACGGCAAAGCGCAUGGAGACCCCAAUCGAAGGCGCCGAAGAUUUGUCGAAGCAGUCUCGCAUACGUUACGGUACAUUGAAGAAAGGGUCGACGAUGACUUUCUUUAACGAAUCAAAGAUAGAGACCUACGAGCGCAUGUGGAAAUCGAUGAGUGAAGAAGGCGGUCGAAGACUGCACGAAGAGUAUGCAUAUUUAAUGGAAUCUUCGAUGCUUGAGUAUGCCGUGGAAAGACAUUGCGAUCUGGCGCAGGUGGGAGGUCUGAUCGACCAGAAAGGGUACGGUAUCGGACUACCGAAAGGGUCCCCCUAUCGAGCACAGAUAUCACGCGCCAUCCUCCGAUUACAGGAAAAGACCAUCCUCACCGAGCUGAAAAACAAAUGGUGGAAAGACAAAUCGCAUUCCUGUGGAGCACCAAUGAUGGGCGUCGAUGAAGAUGGAGGACCGGUAGCCGGAUUGGCCCUAUGCUUGCUCGGCGGUCUCGUCUCCUCCACAGUAUUUGCCAUCACCCAAUUCAUCGCUUCGAUCUGGCCGCGCGAUGAGACACCGAUCCAAUCAGCCCCCACAUUGUCCGCUUUACUGUCAGUUGCCGUCCUCGGCAUCAAAGCACCCGGGGAGGUGCGUCGCAAAUUUGGACGACUUGAUGGUGUCGUCGAGGCGGCCGACCUGGAAGUCACCAAUUCUGUAUUGGGCCGACAGCGGACAAAACGCGCCGAGUCCCUGCCGACUAGAAAAGACCGCGUCCGGAAACGGACUCUCACACCGGCAGACAUGAAGGCACUUGGCUUU